GGUCCGACGCGGACGCGCCGAGCGCAGACUUCGAGCUCUCGUGGCGUUUCGCUGGGAACGGCUACGCUUCCGUGACCGACCGACCGAUCGACCGCACGAACGCGGAGGAGGGAGGAGGAGCAGAGACGGGCCGUGAGGACAAAGUGCGGCGUUAGCGACGGUGCUAAAGAGCGUCGACGAGCUGAGGCUGGAUAAGGAGGAGGAUAAAAAGCAGACAGCGAGGACGCGGGAGAAGACCUGCGGGCCCAAAGCAGAAGGGAUGGGGCUCAAAUACCCGGCUGCGCUGAGACGUCCACAUAGGGAACGUUUCCUCCUCGUGACGGCCACCGCGGCCCUCCUGCUCUACAUCACCGUCACCGUCACCGUCCUCCCAGAGGACGCAUCUCUGCCCUGCCGCUCUUCCUGGGCUCCUUGCCGGAGGGCCGAUUCCCCGCAAGAGCAGCCGGGCCCUCCUGCCGAGGCGGACGCCGUGCGCAGAGACCCCCCGCUGAGCCCGUGUCCAGGUCACAGGUUCCAGGUUUCCCAGCUGCUUUCUCACCUGCACUCAGCCCUGGGCCCCGACGGCGAUGUGCUGCUCCAGCCGUACCUGUCCAGCUGGGACGAGCUCCUCAAGUUCAUGGAGUCCCUGGGGCCCGUGGCGGGGUUCAUCUCGCAGCAGGUGGAGCACAAAGCCUCCGUCAUCCGCCGUUUGGCUCAGCGGGAGGAGGCGGCGGAGGGAGACGCCUACCGCUCCGUGCGCUCCAUGAUCGGGGCCGAGCUGAGCCGGGGUCUCGUGAGCUUCCGGCAACAGACGCCGUCGGGCUGCCGCACGCUGCUCAGGCUCCACCGCGCUCUGCUUUGGUUGCAGCUCUUCCUGAAGAAGGUGGCAGAGGGUCCGCAGGAGGGCGGCGAGCUGCGCAGCCCAUCCUCUUUGUGCCGCGAGGCCUACCGGGAAGCCCUGGCUCACCACCACUCGUGGCUGGCCCGCCGCGCCGCCGACGUGGCCUUCAUGGCGCUGCCGGACCGGGACGCCUUAUUCCAGCUGGUGUGCGCGCGGAGCCAAGGGGAGGCGGGGCCUCUGCUGGACAGAGCCGCCGAGGCCAUCGGGGAGGUGUACGGCAGGACGCAGAAGGCCUUCGAGGAGCACGGCAUGUUGGAGCUGCCGUAGAGAGGACACGUCGGAGCGGGCGGACGUGGUUCGGCACGAGACGGGCGCCGCGUGCUCGCGUUGCUCGGAUUGUCAGCUUAAACUCCGUAAGCAUGAUAACGGUGCAUUUGGACGUGACGGAUUAGUGAGAAAAAUGACCAUCUGUCCAAUAACGAGGUUCGUUCGUUCGUUCCAUGAACCCACCCGGCUGCGAGGGGGUCCCAUCGCCGGUGUUUCUCGAGGAAAAGAAUACGGCGGGUUCCCGGAGGAAAAAAUGCUACGAAAACUUCUUCAGAAGUAAAAAGUAUUUUAUGCAUGAAAUGUUUUUUAUAUUUUGUUAUAAGACAAACUGUUUCUAGCUUCUGCUUUCAUGCUACAGCACAUUUUCAUCCAGUCAUCAGCCACAGACACUCGUCCAGCGCGGGGUCACGACGGUUUGGAUUCUCACGAUGUUUCGCACAAACUUCGAACACCGGCUCAAGGAAGAACUUUUCAGUGGCGACAGCGAGGGAAAGACGCGCCUGUUUUCUUCUCAGGUUGCUUCCACGCGGAAGGAAGCUCUCGAUUUACCGCGUUUCGGCCGUUUACCGUCGAGCCGAAGAAGCGCUUCGCCGCCGAGCGUGAACGAAAAACGCAGCGACGCUAAAAGGCUCCUUCCGUGCAGCAGCUGUGCGUUUUCCCUCUGGCCUUUAAAGCCGAAGGCCUCGCGCUCGUUUUGGACGCGCUUUACGGGACGCUCUUCCGGCAGCCGACGGUCCGAGGCGAACGAAGGGCGGCUCGAACAAAGUGUCUCCUCGCCCGUUUUGAAAUGGCACACGCCUCCGGCGUUUUCACUGCCUUUACCCGACUCUCUUGGUGCCACUUUCCAGAGAGACGGAAAGGUGCCACUUGUAUUCUCCGGAAAGUUCUGCUAGAAAGAAGGCGACGCGCACCAGCGCCUCUCCUUCCCUCGUGAUUCCGUCGCUCCGUUGGAUGCGUCGUUAUUUUCACCGUCGCCACUCUUCAGGGCCCCUGUACGGCGGUACCGGACGGCGGUACCAGAGUACGGAGCCCAGCUCUCAGGGGACACCUGUGCCGGUCCUCCCCGGUAGAGAGAGAGGCGAGCGUGUGAGACGGCCUCAUGUCCAGCGCGUAGUAAUCCGGUGUAUGUCCGGCAGGUGUGUAAACCGUCACGGCGGCGGAGUGCGUGCGAGAAAUCGGAGCCUGACUGCUGGUGGCCACACUUUUCCGGUGCUCAAUACGUGUUUCUCUGGGGCAGCGAAAGACAAGGACGGGUCGCCCCGUCUCUGCGGCGCGACCCAGGUUCCGGUGUGCGCAGUUGGCGCAGUUGGCGCAGUUGGCGCAGAAGCACGGAGUGCGCGUUUUUCACACAGUGGCGUGAAAAGAAGGAGAGCAGCUCCUUAGAACAAGUGUUACUACCAGGAGCGCCGCCCCACCCCCAGCGGAUCUGAUCCGCGGAAAAGAACGGCGGACAAGCACUUAGCGGGAAGCGCCAGCUGACACUCGGCUCUUAGAAUGGCAGCCGAGUCCAUUACAAUGUGUAAUUUACCGCAGUACUUUACUGCUACAUUCACAGCCCUGUCCUUCCCAUAUGACUCAUCCGGCGUCUCGCUAAACCCUGCUGCUGUUAACCUGAACUGCUGCUCACCCAGGGCCUCCUCCGUCUUCAUGGGCCGCCGGGGGACUGACUGCUGUGGUCACCUGUGUGAUGCGCUGGACCGA